AGUGCCAGCUCAGCUCAGCUCACGCUUACGCUGACGCUCUUCUUCUCUCUCAGACUUCUUCAAAGCUUAGCUUUGCCUUCCUUCCUGAUUGAAUCACAUCUAAAACGCUGCGUAUAAUGGAAUGAAUUCAAUUCAUUGCCUCUUCACUUCACACAACACAGAAAUGGCUUCUCAGCGCCGCCGUCAUCACUACCACCACCACAACAACAACCUCUUCCGUCUUCUCCUCCCUGUCAUCUCCGCCAUUUUCGUACUUCUUUUCGUUCUCUUCCUUCUUCUCUCCAUUCUGGCUCCUUCUCCCACCGAUUCCGAUCAGCUCCGUCACAGCACCAGCCACGUAUCGUCGACGCUGAUUGAUGAUUCAAAUGGAGUAACUGUUUUCCGUGUUCCGAAAGAUGGUGGCUCUUUAGAUCGUGAUAUUUGGAGCUCAAGAAAUGCCCAAUAUUAUCAUGGAUGCAGUGAUUCUAGCAAGAAGUUUGCAAAGGCUGAAGACAUAACUUGUCCUAAUAGAUACCUGGCAAUAGCUGCUAGUGGGGGCUUGAAUCAGCAGCGAACUGGGAUUGUAGAUGCGGUUGUUGCUGCCCGGAUUUUGAAUGCUACUCUUGUUAUUCCAAAGCUGGACCAGAAGUCUUUCUGGAAGGAUGCUAGUAACUUUUCGGAGAUUUUUGAUGUUGAUUGGUUUAUAUCAUUCUUGUCAAAAGAUGUAAAAAUUAUAAAGCAACUUCCAAAGAAGGGAGGGAAAACUUUGACUACUUAUAACAUGCGUGUUCCAAGGAAGUGUAAUGAAAGAUGUUAUCAGAAGCGUGUAUUACCAGUUCUUUUGAAAAGGCAUGUAGUUCAGCUGUCCAAGUUUGAUUAUAGACUCUCGAAUAGGUUGGAUACAGAUUUGCAAAAGUUGAGAUGUAGGGUUAACUACCAUGCUUUAAGUUUUACUGAUCCUAUUCAUGAAAUGGGUGAAAAACUGGUCCAACGAAUGAGGUUGAGGAGCAAACAUUUUAUUGCCUUGCAUCUAAGGUUUGAACCUGACAUGCUUGCAUUCUCAGGAUGCUAUUAUGGUGGAGGUGAUAAGGAGAGAAAAGAACUUGGUGCGAUCCGUAAAAGGUGGAAAACUUUACAUAUCAGCAACCCUGAUAAGGAAAGGCGGCAUGGGAAAUGCCCGCUUACUCCACUAGAAGUUGGUCUAAUGCUUCGAGCACUUGGAUAUGGCAGUGAUGUUCAUAUCUACGUUGCUUCUGGUGAAGUAUAUGGAGGGGAAGAGACAUUGGCACCUUUAAAAGCACUUUUUCCACACUUCCAUUCAAAAGAGACUAUAGCAACAAAAGACGAGUUGGAACCAUUUUCUCGAUUCUCAUCUCGAAUGGCUGCAUUAGAUUUUAUUGUUUGUGAUGAAAGUGAUGUAUUUGUUACCAAUAACAAUGGUAAUAUGGCUAGAAUAUUAGCUGGAAGAAGGAAAUAUUUUGGGCACAAACCCACCAUUCGUCCAAAUGCUAAAAAACUCUAUCGGUUGUUCUUAAACCAGACCAACACAACAUGGGAAGUAUUUGCCUCCAAAGUUCGUAGUUACCAGAGAGGCUUCAUGGGGGAACCAAAUGAGGUAAGGCCAGGCAGGGGUGAGUUUCAUGAGAAUCCAGCCUGCUGCAUUUGUGAAGAUACUGUGCUCAAGGCAAAGAAUGAUUCUUUACCUAGAAAAGUUGGAAAGGGGAUGGAGCACACUGAAUCUAAAAAAGAUGAUAUUAUAAGUGACGAUCAGAAUGAUGAUGAUGAUGAACUGGGAUUCUCUGAUAUGGAUGACGAUGAAGAUGAAAGAGGCAUUCCAGAGAAGGGUCUCUAUGAUGGAACAGCUUUGGAUUAUGAUGCAGUCACCACCUCUGAGGAGCCUGAGCUGGAAGAAAUGCUUUCAGACUAAACGGUUUUUGGCUCAAUCUGUUACUUUCAGGAGAUUUCUUGCCAUCCUUCUGUCCCCUUCAGAAAUUUUGCAGCUCUAGCCAAAAUGUUUUAACCGUCCUUCAGGAACUUGAUACUGUACAUGAGAACAUUGGAAUGGAGAAUGAAAAGAGGCAUUUACGGAUGAUAUGUGGAAUAUUAGAUAUUUGACAGCGAGCAAAUUAAUCAAUCUCAAAGGAUAAUUUUAUAAGUCAUGCCAAUGGACAUUUGGUCUGGAAUGGAAUCUACUGAAGUGUUUUAUUCCCUUUUGCGGCUCAGAUCAAAGAUGGUUGAUGGUAGACAAAUUUUGGAACCAAGGUAUGAACUGCAGAAUAGGAUUGUACCAAGGCCUCUUUUUUUCUGGAAAUGAAAAAAAUAGUUUUUAUAAUAAUGGAUUGUUCGCAAAGCUGGUUUCAGGAUUGCAUCAUUUCUGCCCCAUUUUCAUGGAAUUGAAUCGGAACUUCAACUGUAUUUUAUGUUAGAAACAUUAUGGAAAGUAGAAUGAUAGGAAACAAAAAAUUUCAAAGAUCAUUUAAUAUAUAUAUUUUUUAAAAUUUCUUCUAAAUAACUUAAGUUCAUAUUGAUUUUGCUUUAUCCGUGAGUUGCAGUUCUUUUGUAUAUUUAUUUUUGAGAAGUUGAAGGAAUUGUGGUACAUUCCUGUAUGAGAUGUAAUUAUCAUCUGUUUGUAGCUAUAUUUUAGAUCAACAGCAGUUAUGGUGAACAAAAUAAUUCUAAAUUUAGUGUUUUCAUGCAA